AAUUUUUCGCGGACUCGUUUAUCGCCAUUUUGUUUGAAGAACAUAGAUCCAGUAUACGCAACGUGGACAAACAUUUAACCAGCAUCCAGAAUGGGAAUCCUAGAGAAAAUAAGCGAGAUAGAGAAGGAGAUCGCAAGAACUCAAAAGAAUAAGGCAACAGAGUAUCAUCUGGGAUUGCUGAAGGCGAAAUUGGCAAAAUACCGAUCGCAACUAUUAGAACCUUCGAAAUCCGCGGGAGGAGGUAAGGGUGAGGGAUUCGAUGUCAUGAAAUCCGGCGAUGCCAGAGUCGCCUUGAUCGGUUUUCCUUCGGUAGGAAAAUCGACAUUGUUAAACAAGUUAACAUCCACAACCAGCGUUAGUGCUUCUUACGAGUUCACAACUCUGACAUGUAUUCCUGGUGUGAUAGAAUACAAUGGGGCUAACAUUCAACUGCUCGACUUACCUGGAAUUAUAGAGGGUGCCUCUCAGGGUAAGGGAAGGGGGAGACAAGUUAUUGCUGUUGCUCGCACUGCAGACAUGGUCGUGAUGAUGUUAGAUGCUGCUAAAGGGGAGAUCCAGAAAGUUUUACUGGAAAAGGAAUUGGAGGACUGUGGCAUUCGGCUUAACUGUUCCAAGCCAAAUCUUUACUUCAAACAAAAGAAAGGAGGUGGUAUUUCUUUUAACUCCACAUGUUCCCUCACCCAUCUGGAUGAGAAGCUUGUAAUGAUGAUUCUCCAUGAGUACAAGAUCUUCAAUGCAGAGGUGCUUAUACGAGAAGAUUGCACAGCAGAUCAGCUGAUUGAUGUCAUUUGUGCAAACAGAAUCUACCUGCCAUGUGUUUAUGUUUACAACAAGAUUGACUGUAUUUCUAUAGAAGAAGUUGAUCGGUUGGCACGCCUUCCACAUUCUGUUGUUGUUAGCUGUGAGAUGGAGCUAAACUUGGAUUACCUGUUGACCCAGGUUUGGGAACAUCUUGCACUGCUCAGAAUCUACACCAAGAAGAGAGGUGAUCCACCUGACUUUAAUGGAGGACUGAUCCUUCGGCGUGGAGCUACUGUGGAACAUGUGUGCCAUGCUGUUCACAGAACACUAGUAGAUAUGUUUAAAUAUGCUUUAGUAUGGGGUACCAGCACCAAAUAUAGCCCACAGCGUGUAGGAAUCAAUCAUACUAUGAAUGAUGAAGAUGUUAUUCAGAUUAUGAAGAAGUGAAUGUAAUUUCACUCUGGCAAUUCAAUUACCUUACUAAUUUUUCAGUCACACUCAGAAGGAGAGGUGUUUGGUUUUUCUGUGUUUGUUCAAAUUACAUAUGUCCAAAAGGAUGAAGAGAUUUUCUCAUUUUCCUUUGUUGUCCUGGUUUUAGCAAGGAAGCAAAAUCCUCACUUAAAUUCAGUGGACUUCUCACAUUGCUCUGUAACAAAUAAAAAAGCAGAUGAAGAGGAUGGAUGAUUCAAAACCUUUUAAAUGAAUGUACGCUAUAUUUUUUUGUGGAUAUUUGUCUACCUGAGUUAACUGAUGGUAUCAAGAGUAGUCAUUCCUUUUGCCUUGAUCUCUCACCAAGUAGGGAAGUUCAUAUAGAGCACUCAUAGAAAACUCAUCUACUGAAAACAAUCAAAACUAAAUUACUCUCAGCAAGCAAUCAGAACAAAAGAGAAACUUCUUAUGAAAAAUAGCAAAGUUAUUGUAAA